UUUCUGUUAUUUUGAGGAAAACUUGAAAGAAAACCUGAAUUCUGACUCGAACUAAAACAAUAAAACCGAAGCAGCUGUCAGAAGACUUUUACUUUGAAACACCCUGACCGGAAGCACCCGGGUUUUCCCCCCUGAUUUGACAGAAGAAAGAAAAAAAAACUCUAGAUGCGGAAGUUUGUCUGAAGUUUGUUCACCAGCGGAGACACGAAGCAACGACGGUUGUUUUCCCAGUGAACCGGAGAAAAGCGACGCUCCAUCAUGGCUUCUGAAGUCUACUCGUCCACCACGGCUCCGAACCCGAAGUCUUCCUGGUGUCUGGUUCCAUCGGAGCAUCUCGACAGAAUCCGGUUCGUGGUCAAACUUGCUGAAGUGGUCUUCUCCUUCAUGGCCUUCCUCCUGGAGGAGGUGGUCAGCAGUUGCAUCGGCUGCUUCGCCCUCUACUUCUUUGAGUUUGUGAGCUGCACGGCGUUCCUCUUCACGAUGCUGCUGCUCGUCAUCCUCGCCACCAGCCUGCACACCAGGGUCUCCGUCGUCUGCUGGGCCAGUCUGGACUUCUGGUUCACCCUCCUCAUCGCCCUCUUGUUCUUCGUCUCCUCCGUCAUCUUCGCUACAGACAACAACGGAACCUCUCUGGAGAAAACUGCUGUGGCGUUUGGUUUCUUGGCGAUGUUGGCGUUCGUUGUGGACCUGGUCUUGUUCUACAGGACCCGUGGGUUUCCUCUUCAGAAGGGUGAGAAGGCGGAGUCCAGUCACGGCGACGGCGGGGGCGCGGACGCGGAGGCUCAACCGGAGACAGAGAAACUCAACACUCCGAUCUGCGCCACAGAAUAAAUCUGUCAGAUUAUAUCACGCACUAGUGCUUUAACAUGGCGUCAGGAGGGGGAGCUUCUUUUUUUUAUCCUGUUUGUAGUCGUCGCUCAGCGCAGCCGGGGACAAUCUGUUCUUCAGUACGAUCAAUCUUCCAAUAAUCACUCGAUCGAUCACAGUGCAGACGUGAUGCAGAUGUUUGAGGAAGAUCCGACACUAAAACCAUCGAACCACUAAAUCUUCAUCUUCAUCCUCAUUUAUUAAUGAACACUGAGUCACUCAGCGUCUAUCUCUCUCUCUCUCUCUCGGCCCCUGAACGACUCACGAUGGUGAGUUCAGGUUCCGCUCCAGCUGCGGACCUUAGUUUUAUUUCUGUUUCCUGUCUGCGUCUUUAGAUCUAAUUUAAAAAAUCAUAGUCUUGAGUUUGUUACUGAAACUGUGUAACUGCAGGUGCAGUGAUGGGAGGCGUCCAGCAGGGGGAGCUGUGACGUUUCUCUGACCGACGGAGGAAGACAAUGUCGGCCCACAUGAAAAAAUGAUUUUAAUAAAAUAAAGAUAAAUGUCAUCCCAACUUUAAAUUGAUCGUCCUGAGUUUUGCGACAACUUCGUCGUCAGAUCUUCUAUCACCUCAUCUUUAUUUCACCAACAUUCCGAAAACAUUACAUUUUUAUUCUUUUUCUUGUUUUAUAUAUAUAUAUAAAGUUUUAUAUUCUUAAACUUUCCUGAUUGUAAAGAGAAAUUAUUUUUGUGUCUUCACACUCAAACUUUGUACCAGUGAUUUUUCUUUUUUAACGCUCAUCUUAAUAACUAAAUAAUGUUUUAUGAAGGAAAUGAAGCUGUUUUGUCAAAUUACAAAUUUUCUGUUUAAUACAGAUGAUGAAACACGGGCAGCUGUUUAUUCUCCUUUUUUGGAUCUUACAUGUUAACAUUUAUACAUGUCAUCUUUCUUCAUCACUCAAUCAGAUUUCACUAUCAUUUACAUGAAUUCUUCUUCGUCCCACUUUGUUGAUUUUGCCUGAAUGAAGGAAUAAAUAUGAAAGAUUGAUUCAUCA